AUGGAUCGAUUCUUAUCUGCCGAGGAGAAGGAGGCGGAAAAAUAUACCAUUGCCACUGCCAAGGAUCUUCAAGCUAUUAAAAGAGCGGCCCAGGCUCAAGUGGAUGCAGAAUACGGUAGUAACGAGAAUAUUGGUAUGAAACGUAAAGCCCAUGACCCCAUGGCAUCAGCCAACAAGCGAUCCAUGUUGGAUGGUCCUGAAUUAGGAACUAAAGAUGUAGACGAGGAUGUGGAAGUCAACGAGAAUGUUUAUUUUUCUAUCAACUAUGAUAAAUACACCAUGAUUUUUCGAAACGAUUCCAUUGUCAAUUUCGCCACCGAGCGAAUCAACCGUACAGCAGGUCAGGUCGUUCAAGCCUUCUUGGAUUACGGUCAAGAUAAAAUGAAAAUAGUUCAAGAAGAAGAUUCCCCCUCUGCCACGCCUAUGCAUAUUGCGAAUAUUUUAACCUCCAAAGACAUUUCGGGCAACGAUAUCAUCCUUCAGCCGGAUCCUUUGAAUCCGGGAAAGAAGCCUUCGUUCCAGGAAGCGGUCAAAGGUUACAUCACGUUGUUAAAGAUGGAUCAAGCAGGCUUUAUCAAAUCAAAAGACGAACGCGGUGCCAAUCAUUUCUCCAUCAACUUUGCCAAAUUGCGAGAAACCACCAAACGGAAGCUCUUGGAAGCCUUGAUCCGCGAACGUUACGGUGUAGCGACAUGUCGUAUUGUCAGAAUUCUCAUUGAAAAAGGCAAGCUCGAUGAAUCCCAAGUACAGAAACUCGGCAUGUUGCCUCCCAAAGAUACACGCGACAAGCUCGGUUUACUCUUGACCAAAGGCUUUGUUGAAAUUCAGGAAGUACCACGAUCGGCGGAUCGUGCGCCUGCUCGAUCUUUCCAUUUGUGGUAUGUGCCAUUGGAAAAGUGUUACCAAGAGUUACUGGUGGAAACGUAUCGAGUGAUUGGCAACCUUCAGCAACGAAAGAAGGAGGAAUUAAAGAUCCGCAGUCGAUUAUUGGACAAGCUGAAUCGUGAAGAUGUCAAGCAGAAUAUGGAUCUUUUAAGUGAAGGCGAUAAGGCCGAGAUCGCGCAAAUGGACAAAGUGCUACAGCGAUUGGAAUCGUCCAAAAUGCGUCUCGAUGAAGUGAUCAUGAUUCUCCGCGAUUUCUAG